AAUAAAUUUCGCAAUAUAGUAUUGUCGGUCAAAAGAACAAUAUUUGCAUUGACAGGCAAGAAGAUUGAUUCAAAAUUUGAGUCAUGGCCAAAGCUUUUGGCAUCGAGUGGGCACCUUUAAAGAUUCCGGUUAGAAGACGCCGUCAGACGUUCGCAGUAUGGCUGGUUUCAACACUCUUUCUGUUUGGCCACGCUCCUUGUUUAAUCCUAUGCCUUCUGAUGUUGUACUUUAACAUAUACACUCGAGUGUUUGUGCUGCUUUAUCUCGGCUGGGCUUUUAUUAUCGACAAGAAUACACCACACAGAGGCGGUCGAUUACUCCCCUUUGCACGACGGCUUGGAAUUUGGAAACAUUAUGUGGAAUUCUUUCCUUUAAACUUGAUAAAAACCCACGAUUUGGACCCGUCGAAAAACUAUUUAUUUGGCUGUCAUCCUCACGGAGUAAUGGGCUUUGGCACAUCUGGAAAUUUUGCUACAGAAGCGACAGGCUUUUCCAAACUUUUCCCUGGUGUAAUAACACACCUCUUAACGCUAAAUAUUCAAUUUAGGAUCCCAAUAAUUAGAGAAUUGUUAAUGGCUAUGGGUAUUUGUUCGGCAUCAAAAGAAAGUUUGAAUCAUAUUUUGACCCAGAUGGGUCCAGGUCAUUCCUGUGUUGUUGUUGUUGGAGGGGCGGCUGAAGCGCUCGAGGCAAGGCCAGGGAAUUUUAAAUUGGUGUUAAAGAAUAGAAAGGGUUUUGUUAAACUGGCAUUAAAAUCAGGGUGAGUUUUGUAAUUGUUUGAGGUCAAAUUUUAAGUGUUGAAGUUAAUUAUUAAUAGCAUUCACUUCUCAGCUCACUUUCAUCAUGUCUGAUCAGAGACUAGUAGAGCCCUAGUGGGACAACUUCACCACUAGUACAAUUUUCCUUAUUAAGUACCUGUGUGCAAGGCUGUAGUGACAGUGCACUAUGACAAUUCAGUAUCACACAGGAUUAAAUGCCCUGGCCCCUGGUGUAAAUUUGCUGUUUAACCAUUGUGUCCCAAGGCUUUAUUUUACUUUGUCUAUUGCCAGACAAUUUUACAAGUGUGUGUUAAUCUGAUAUAAAUAUGAUAUUUAGAGCUUCACUGGUGCCAGUGUUUUGCUUUGGUGAAAAUGAUCUCUUCAAGCAAUAUCCCAACCCAGAAGGUUCGUACCUGAGAAAGCUCCAGACCAAAGUCAAGGACAUUGCCACAUUCUCUCCACCAUUGUUCUAUGGCCGAGGCAUAUUUCAGUACACCUUUGGUUUUGUUCCAUUUCGGAAUCCUGUAGAGGCAGUUGGUGAGUUCAAUAAUCUUGUGAAAAUGGGACAAAGGUCUUGAAAUAUUAAAUGUACCAUUGUUUCUACCUACCACCAUAUAUUUAUACUACCAAUGUCUACCAUGAAUUGAAACCACGCAUGAUUACCAACCCUCAUAGCACCACCACUAUAUUACAACUAUCACCAUCAUUACUACCACAGUACCACCACCAUCAUCACCACUAUCGCUACCACCAUCAUCACCACCACCUACUAUUACCAUUAAAUUCUAUUUCCUUUUCAGUUGGAAAAGCAAUCCAUGCUGAUGCAAUUCCAGAGCCAAGUAUUGAAGAAGUAGAUAACUUACACAAGCUCUACCUAGAGGGUCUCAAAGAUAUCUUUGAAACGUACAAAACGAAAUUUGGAAUUGCUGAGGAUCAACACUUAGAAUUCAUUUGAAAAUGUCAAAUACACUGGAAUAGGAAUAAAAUAAUGUUUUAAUUAGAGAGCAAGAAAAGCAAACUGAAUCAAGACAGAAUAUAACGGAGCAUUUCCAAGUUAGCGCUCCAAAUUCAGAUCAAAUAUGUACGUUUCUGAUUUUAUUAUUUAUAAAUUUUAAUUAAAUUACUGGUCGUAGUAUAUAAUUUUUAAAAGCAAAUUCUUUCCAAUGCUCUACUAUCAAGAAGGGGUGGAAAAAAUUGGCGAGCACGCGACUGCAGGAAAUUUGUUCGAAGAUUUGCUGUUGAAAAUUUGAAGGCAACCUUAACACCCAUGUCCCACUAUGGGCGCAUUAUUUCUUGAAUUUAAAAACAUGGUCAGAUUUAGCACAAAAAUACUCUGUUGGUCUGCAGGAAAUUUUUGUCUCCAGGUUUUGCUCCCAAGAAGAAAAUUCUUUUUCCCUGCCCUGUCUCUAUGAAUGGCGAGGUCGAGAGAAUGGCGAGGUCGAGAGAACGGCGAGGACCUCGCCAUUCAUAGAGACAGGGCAGGGAAAAAUAAUUUUCUUCUUGGGAGCAAAACCUGGAGACAAACCGCGAGGUGUAAGUGAAUUUUGCUUAGUUUAUAUGCCGAGUCAUUUCAACAAGUAACUAAAUAUUUCUUUUCCCAAAAUUCACUCAAAUAUUUUUCUUUUCUUCCUAUCCAAAUUCAUGUUUUACCGACUACGAAAACAAUAUUUGCCGACCGGGAUUCAAUAUUUGGCUGCCCCCGCGCGAGUCUGGUAGAAACGCAGGCAACUUGAGUGCCGCCCCUGAGUCUGGUAGAAACGCAAGCAACCGUAUCUUCCUUGGCUUGUAGGUAUUUUCUCUGCUAUUGGCCCGUUCUAUACCCUGUGAAAGAGAUGUUAAUAAGACGAGGCCACUAAUUAGAUGAGAAUAAAUCGAACGGUCUAUGUGGCUAUUGUAAAAAAAGUGCAGAUUGAAAGGAUUCAACUACCUGAAAAAUACUAAAAUAGUGAAAGUUUUAAAUCGUAAAAAUCUCACAACUUGUCAACAAGAUGUGUUCUCAAUAAGCUUGUACCAAGCUUGUCAACAAGUUGUAACAAUGCUGUUAUUUUAUCGCUACAAGGUUGUCACUCAUAACUUGUUGACAAAUUGUUCAAUUGCAGGAUGAUGACAAGUUGUUUGAACAACUUGUAACAAGUUUGUUGAGCUCAACAACAUUGUAGCGUUAAGUUGUGAACAAGCCGUUGACAACUUGUCAACAAGCUGGGAACAAGCAGUGCGAACACAUCCUGUUGACACGUUGUUGGAACAACAUUGCUACAAGUCUGCUGCAGGUUUGUUACAACUUGUGCGUUUUUACUUGUGUAGUCGAAUCCCUCUCAAACCUCUGCUUUCUGAAUAAAUAAAAUAGACUCAAAGACAAUUAGUUACUAGUAUUAUUUAUGAAAUUGUGUAAAAUUUACAUUCUGUGCAUAAUAUCAGUAUACGAGGAAUUAUAAUACAAUAAAAAAUGACAUUAUAUCCUAUAGUAUUAUGUAUCUUGAAAUUCAUUCUAUUUUAAUAAUAAUACUUUCCAAUAGUGCACUUCAUCUCUCCUGUAUUGCUUCUAAUUAGAACUUUAUAAUAAUUGUUACAAUAUUUUUUGCAAGGCAUAAUAUCUUGGAGCCAAUAGCUUUUUGAAAUCCAGGAUCAGGCGUGACACUUCAUCGUUUUGUGUUGCGGUAUUAAAAUUAUUUAAAUAACACAAGGAUAGCAUGAUUGCAAAAUUUUGCUUGAAAUGUUUUGUUUAUUUGGAUUGAAAUUCAUUGAGAUUUUAGUGACGUUUGGAUGAGGUUUUGCAACUUUGUGUGCAAGUAACAGCGCGCUCUCUUUUGGACCUUUUUGAAUGCCAAGCGACUUUGAAAAUAUGCUUACCAUGACGGAAAACAUUGCUUCAUACGUGUGUGUCCAAUUCAACCUCCAACAUUCACUUGAGUUUGAAAUAUUUUGCGUUAUACAUAGCUAAUAGCGGUCGCGAGUUUGCCUUUGGACGGAGACUGGGUCCCAGUGACUGAAUUUUGGUAAAGAUUGUUAGGUCUAGUGCUGUUCAGUUGACCAGCGGCUUCAAGUCGCAAGCGAUGCGCCUCCAUACGUUCGUCGUCACUCUCGUGAGUCAGAUAUCGUUCACCCACGAUCGCUUCAAGACUACGCAAGUCUAGCCACGUUUGAUAUUCCUA